CUAUGUGAUUGGAUGAUGGAAUCAAAUCUUCUGAUUGCAAUAUCAGGCACCAAUGAGAUGCGAGGAUCCAUACGAUGGUAUAAAAACUGGAAAAAAAACAAUAAUAAAAAAGGGAUUUUUUCUUAUCUCUUCUCUAGUCCGUAUUCUUCCAUACAACUUUUUAUUAUCUAUCUCAGGAUGGUCUUUCAUGCAAAUCAAGCCUUCUUUAAUAAGAAAUGCGGGGUAAACGCAUUGAUGCGGUUACCCAAUGAAGUGAUUAUCUCUAUCCUUCAAAAACUCUCGAUUCCCGAUUUGCUUUUGACUUGUCAACUCCAAAACAUUCGUUUUCACACCCUUGCCAAAAAAGUCUUGGUCCAAAAGCUCGUCAAGACCAAAGACUGUCACUUGCGCUUAUGCUUUGAUCAAGAAAACCAUUGGCGAUUCACGGUGGACUUCAAGUUCACCAAGGCUACCCAAACAAGACUUGCCUUCACACCAGUGAAGCCAGUGAGUGUUCGCAUGUAUAACUCUAAAUUACUUCGUCGUCCCAUUCUAUACAAGGCAUCACUGGUCGGUCCUGAUUUUGUGGUGGAGAAUCCACAUCUCGUUCACAACCUGAUUAGAUCACCUCUCUCUCUCGACAUUAAAGAAACAGGUUUACAUCAGCAUCAUUAUGCACAAGGUGCUUUUUUGGCGUAUCAAAUCACAAAGACACCGGAAAACAUGGUCAAAGCAAGGGCUGGUGAAAGAUGGGUAGAACCUUUGGGAUUUGAAUGUUCCUUUGAUUUCUUGUCUCAAACGAAAAAGAUGAUGCAACGUGUCUUUGAUACUUUACAUAAUAAACCAGUGCGACGACAAAUCGAUGGUGUCUCAUUCACUGCCAGUGCCAGAUUACCGCAAACCUCCAAGAGCUACGCAGUGGCUGAAAUCGGUGGCCUCUGGCAAAAAAAAUUUCAUUAUGGUACAUCAGAUAAAAAUACCAACAACACAUUACUACCCAUUCUUGGUGGCCUCAUCGCCCAAUAGAAAUAUACCCCCCAUCAACCCUUUUAAUCACUUGUAAAUAAAAAUCUAUUGGCUUAUUAAAUCAAAAAGA